AUGCUUUAUGAGUUAUUUGCCAUUUCGAGGAUUUCGGAUCCUUUGAAAACUAAUAGGGAGGCUAUUAAGAUUGUGUCAACCAUAGGAAAGUUAAUCUUGAACAAUAGAGGAAUAAUAAGAGACAUAACUGGAAUGGGAGCUAGAACGUUACCGAAGGUAAUAUCAAAAGAUCAAGAAAGGCAUUUUCAAGGUUACCAUUUUAUGAUGAAUUUUGACGUCUCAGGAAACGUUCAACAGGAAUUGUUAAGAACAUUGAGAAGAGAUCCAAGAAUUUUAAGAUGUAAUGUGGUGAAACAUGAUCUUAAAAAGUCAUUGAAUCCAGGGACUUCAUUUGAGAAAGCUGUUUAUGCUACAACUAAAAAUUAG